CAUAAAAAGACAGAGUAUCUGACACACUGUCUGAGACUCAUUCAAGUGCGUCUUCGUCUUCUUCUUACCUGUCUCAUAACAACUUUACAGACAUGACUAACCCCCGAGUUUACUUCGAUAUCACUAUUGGUGGCAAGGCAGCCGGCAGGGUUGUAAUGGAGCUGCGAGCUGACGUGGUCCCAAAGACUGUAGAAAAUUUCCGUGCUCUCUGCACUGGGGAGAAAGGCUUUGGCUACAAAGGCUCCUCUUUCCACAGAAUCAUCCCAGAUUUCAUGUGCCAGGGUGGAGACUUUACCAGGGGCAAUGGAACCGGGGGCAAAUCCAUCUAUGGGGAGAAGUUUGCUGAUGAGAACUUCACUCUGACGCACACAGGUCCAGGCAUACUGUCCAUGGCUAACGCAGGGCCGAACACCAACGGGUCCCAGUUCUUCCUCUGCACGGUUAAAACAUCCUGGUUGGACGGGAAACACGUGGUGUUUGGAAAAGUUGUGGAGGGCUACGAAGAAGUUGUCAAAAAAAUGGAGGCUGUAGGCUCACAGAGUGGCAAGACCAGUAAACCUGUAGUCAUAGCUGACUGUGGUCAGCUGUAACAGAGCUGCCUCUCUUCUUAAUCAUAAAAUCAGUGGUGUCAUUGGAAAACACUUAGCACUCUGCAAAAAUACAUCUACUGUGUUAAAUCUGUGAUAUUCUGUAAUCUGUUCUUAAAGACCUCGUAAAGACCUCAUUUGUUAAAAAAUCAGAUUAAAAUUAUUGAUCCUGUUGAUGAUCCUUGAAACAUAAAAUUUAACCAAGUUUGAUAAAACUUUUUGCAGAAAUUCAGGGUUUCUUUUGAUUCAUUUGUCAAGUUAGCAAAGACGUUUACUUUAAAAAACAUUUGCUAUUAGUUAAUUAGUAGCAUUUUUGCACUGGAUUGUCUCUGUAAAUUAAAAAUGACUACUCCUA